AAAUCCCCUUUUACGCCUGUCAUAGUGGACCAUUGAUACAAAACGCAGUUAAAUUUUAUAUAGAGCUCAGUGUAAGCCUGCCGUAAACAAGAGUCUCUGCCAGAUAAAAUCAGAAGAAAUACAACAACCAAACAAACACCAAGUGGUUUAACAAUAACAUAGAAAUAAAAAUCAAUAACAUCAUCUGUUUUUACCUUAAAUAGCCUCAGUAUGAAAUCCAAAGUAUGUUUCUUUCUUAUAUUUACACUGUCUCUAUCUUUUGUAUGUGAAGCUCGUCAGUUCAGCAGAUGUGAACUUGUGCGCCAGUUGAGAAAUCAUCGGUUUCCAGCAAACAAGUUGAGACAAUGGGUGUGCCUGAUCGAGAAUCACAGCGGCGGUCGCACGGAUUUAAUCAGUAGAGCCAACAGAUCAGGUUAUCGCGAAUAUGGUCUGUUCCAGCUCAGCGACAGAUUUUGGUGCAAUAAGAGUGACCUCCCGGGGAAGGACUGUAAUGUAACUUGUGCUGAUCUCCUUACAGAUGACAUCACUAAAGCGGCCAAAUGCGCCAAGAAGGUGUACAAACGUCACGGAUUCACCGCAUGGUAUGGUUGGAGCAAAUGCCAGGGAUCCUUGCCUGAUAUUAGCUCCUGCUAGAAGUAGAAGUGGGAGUAGUCCUUGUAGUUGUAUUAUCAUACAUCGUAUA